CUCCACAAAUAGCUCCUCUCUCAUACUUCUUUCCUCUGUAGAAUAACAAAGCAUACCAUGGCUACUUUAAGGGUAUUGAUGUUCCCAUUUUUGGCUUAUGGACACAUAUCUCCAUUUCUAAACGUAGCUAAGAAACUCGCGGACAGAGGAUUCUUGAUUUACUUCAUUUCAACUCCGAUAAAUCUCAAAUCCACCAUCAAGAAAAUCCCUGAAAAGUACGCUGAUUCGAUUCAGCUUAUCGAACUUCACUUACCAGAAUUACCCGAACUUCCUCCUCAUUACCAUACUACCAAUGGUCUCCCUCCCAAUCUCAAUCACAUCCUUCAAAAAGCCCUGAAAAUGUCCAAACCAAACUUUUCAAAAAUCUUGGAAAAUCUGAAACCUGAUUUGGUGAUUUAUGACGUAUUGCAGCAAUGGGCUGAACGUGUCGCAAAUGAACAGAACAUUCCAGCAGUUAAGCUUAUAACUUCGGGUGCAUCUGUGUUUUCAUAUUUUUUCAACAUACUGAGGAAACCAGAGGUUGAAUUCCCUUUCCCUGCUAUUUAUCUCAGGAAAAUUGAGCAAGUAAGAUUGAGUGAAAUGGUCGCGAAAUCUAAUAAAUCGAAAGAACCUGAUGAUGGGGAUCUUCUAGUUGAUGGAAAUAUGCAAAUCAUGUUGAUGAGUACUUCUACAACUAUAGAAGCCAAAUAUAUUGAUUAUUGCCUUGAAUUGAGCAAUUGGAAAGUUGUUCCAGUUGGUCCACCAGUCCAAGAUCCAAUCACUAAUGACGCGGACGAUAUGGAGCUCAUCGAUUGGCUAGGAACAAAAGAUGAGAAUUCAACUGUUUUUGUCUCCUUUGGGAGUGAGUAUUUCUUGUCAAAAGAAGAUAUGGAAGAAGUAGCUUUCGGGUUGGAGUUAAGUAAUGUUAAUUUCAUAUGGGUUGCAAGAUUUCCGAAAGGGGAAGACCAAAUUCUUGAAGAUGCAUUACCAAAAGGUUUUCUUGAAAGAAUUGGAGAAAGGGGAAGAGUUUUGGACAAAUUUGCACCACAACCAAGAAUUCUAAAUCAUCCGAGUACGGGAGGAUUUAUAAGUCAUUGUGGUUGGAAUUCAGCAAUGGAAAGUAUAGAUUUUGGGGUUCCUAUAAUCGCCAUGCCUAUGCAUCUUGAUCAACCAAUGGUUGCUAGGUUGAUCGUAGAAUUGGGAGUUGCGGUGGAGAUUGUUAGAGAUGAUGAUGGCAAAAUUCACAGAGGAGAAAUCGCGGAAACUCUUAAAGAUGUCAUAACAGGGAAAACAGGGGAAAAUUUGAGGGCUAAAGUGAGAGAUAUAAGCAAGAAUUUAAAAUCUAUAAGAGAUGAAGAGAUGGAUGCUGCUGCUCAAGAGCUAAUUCAACUUUGUAGGAAUAGUAAUAAGUGAAUCUUAUGAUUCAAUUAACAAAAUAAUAUUGUAUGUAAGGUGUUUUUGUUUGUCUUCAAAAUAUAUUGAGGUUGAAAUAAUGAGAAAAACAUAGAAUAGCAUGUAGGAUUCAAUUUCCACGUAGGAUGUCACGUAUGAUGCGUAUGUCUAUUUGUUCAACUUUAUACAUGUUUAAGUUUCUACGCAGAGGCCAAAUUAAAGGGCAAUUUUAAGUAUUAUAUCUAUAAUAUAACUAGUACAACAAUAACAACACGAUUCUUUGUCCCAAACAUUGUUGGGUUGGCUAUGUUUAUUUCACAUAAUCAUUACAUCAACUUUAAUCAAUUAGCAUAAAUGUCUGCCUCAACGGGAUUAUCUAACAAAGCUAUUGAAUCAGAUGAAAAUGUGGUAGAACUUCCCAUGAUCUGAUGAACAAUUGGUUGAGAUUGAAGAGGCUGAGGAGGUACUUCUAGCACUUCAACUUCGCCUUCAAGCAUUUCAACUACUUUACUCAUUGAAGGGCGUUGUAUCGGAUUUGUUUGUAUACACCAUAAUGCAAUCAAACACAGCUUCCUAGCAAUCUUCUUUUCUUCAUCGUUCGCUCCUUCAUCCACCACAAUCUCUUUCCCCUUGUUGAACUUAUCAUAAAUAUAAUAAGGAAAGUAUUGGCUGGAAUUCUCUUCAUUUGCAACUUCAUUUCUCUUCAAGUCCAACAUUUCCAUUAGCAGCAUUCCGAAGCUGUAAACAUCAGCUUUGUAUGAGAUUGCUCCAAUGCUUC